AUGAUGGCCGCUCACCAACUGCAGCAGCAGCAGCAGCAGCAGCAGCAGCAGCAGCAGCAGCAGCAAGAGGCUCAAAUGCACCAGCAGCAGCAGCAGCAGCCAAUGCAUGCGUAUGCCCAGUACUACCACCCCGCAGCCGCAUCCCAGCAGCAGCCGCCUCAACCACCCCAACGCCAGCAGCAACAGCAGCAGCAGCAGCAGCAGCAGCAGCAGCAGCAGCAGCCGCAGCAGGGGACGCCAGGAUCGUUCUACCCGCCAACCUUCGCGUACGCAGCGCAACCCCAGCAGCAGUCGCAGCCACCGCCGCACCAGCAACAACAGCAGCAACAACAACAGCAGCAGCAGCAGCAGCAUCAGCAAGCCCAGGCCCAGGCGGCUGCGCUCCAGCAGGCAAUGCAGGCGAGCUCCAACUUUGCUUCCAAUGCUGCGGCUGCCGCUGCUGCUGCUGCUGCCGCCGCCGCUGCUGCCGCUGCCGCGAGUCGCGAGUCCACGGCGUCCGUGCAGCAAAUCGAGCAGGCCAAGGCCCUGUCGCAGGAGUUUGCGCGGCGGCUCGAGCACGAAACAGCCUCGUUCUGGCGCGAACAAGCAGCCGCUGUCGAUGCAUUGACCGUCGAAUCGUUCAAAACGCAAGAGUUGCCGCUCGCUCGCAUCAAGAAAAUUAUGAAAACAGACGAGGAAGUCAAGAUGAUUAGCUCGGAGGCGCCGAUGCUGUUCGCCAAGGCCUGCGAGCUCUUCAUCCUCGAGCUGUCGACGCGUGCUUGGUUGCAUACGGAGGAUGCCAAACGCCGAACGCUUCAGAGGAGCGACGUUGCGCUCGCCAUCUCCAAGUGCGACACGUACGACUUUUUGAUUGACAUUGUGCCGCGCGAAGAAAUCAAGUCCGCGAAACGACCGUCGGUUGGAGACGCCGCUGCUGGCCUCUUUGCCCCAACGCCUGGUCCCGCGGCUGUGGCAAAUCCAACGACUGCCGUCGAUCCAACAGACCCCGCACACAUGCAAAUGCUCAUGGCUGUGCAGGCGGCCGCAGCGAAUGGAAACUACUCCUCCGCCUACUUUCAGCAAUUGCAGAUGCUUGCCAGCCAAGCCACCCAGGUUGCCGAUGGCGGCGAUCCGAAUGCGGCGGCAGCGGCGGCGGCUGCGGCGGCGGCUGCUGCUGCUGCUGCUGCUGCAGCCAGCAACUCCAACCCUAACGCUGCUGCAGUAGACUCUCAAUCCGUCACGGCAGCUGCAUUCCGCGCUGCCUUGGCCAACCUCCGCGGUGGCGCCACCAAUGCGUACCAACCACCAAUACCGCCACCGCAUCCUCAAGCUCACGGCUAUCCAGGAGGGUAUUCAAACUACCAAAACCAAUAGGGUUGCUUUGGUUUUUGGCACUGUCGCAUUUGUUAAGUUGUUGGUCUGUGGGUCGUCUCGUCUUCUUGGUUUCAGUUGUAACCAAAAACAAAUGAAAACACUUUUGGAUUGCAACA